AUGUCAUUAGAUUCAACAAAAUUAGAAAUUACUACAACCGAAAAACCGUCACCACUCGAAAAGAAAGAAGAUUUGAAAUUUGGUCAAUCUUUUACAGAUCAUAUUUUAGAAAUUGAAUGGACAAAAGAAAAUGGUUGGGGUAUUCCAACUAUUAAACCUUAUCAUAAUUUUCAAUUAGAUCCUGCCACAUCAGUAUUACAUUAUUCUUUUGAAUUAUUUGAAGGUUUAAAAGCUUAUAGAGAUUCAAAUGGUAAAAUUAGAACUUUUAGGGCUGAUAAAAAUAUGGAAAGAAUGAAUAGAUCUGCUAAAAGAGCUUCAUUGCCAACUUUUGAUAGUGAAGAAUUUUUAAAAUUAAUUGAUAAAUUUUUAAUCGUUGAAGAUAGAUUUGUACCAACAGGUAAAGGUUAUUCAUUAUAUAUUAGACCUACUUUAAUUGGUACUUCAGUUGGUUUAGGAGUUAGUGCUCCAACAAAAGCUUUAUUAUAUGUUAUUGCAUCACCAGUUGGACCAUAUUUUUCAGCAGGAUUUAAACCAGUUUCUUUAGAAGCUACUGAUUAUGCUGUUAGAGCUUGGCCAAAAGGUGUUGGUUCUUAUAAAUUAGGUGCAAAUUAUGUUUCAUGUAUUGAACCACAAGUUGAAGCCGCAAAAAGAGGUCAUUCACAAAAUUUAUGGUUAUUUGGUGAAGAAGGUUAUAUAACAGAAGUUGGCGCAAUGAAUGUAUUUUUUGCAUUUAAAAAUGAUGAUGGUACAAAAGAAUUAGUUACACCUCCAUUAGAUGGAAUGAUUUUACCGGGUGUUACAAGAGAUUCAACUUUAGAAUUAUGUAAAUCAAAAUUAGGUAAAGAAUGGUUAGUUAAUGAAAGAAAAUUAACAAUUUAUGAAGUUAAAGAAAGAGCUAAUAAAGGUCAAUUAAUUGAAGCUUUUGGUACUGGUACUGCUGCUAUUGUUUCACCAAUUGAUAAUAUUGAAUUUCAAAAUGAAAUUAUUAAAGUUCCAGUUGAUGCUGGAGCUUCAGGUGAAUUAACAGCUCAAAUUUGUGAAUGGAUACAAAAUAUUCAAUAUGGUGAAGAAGAAUUUAAACAUUGGUCUAAAGUUGCAAAAUAG